GCUUGUUACAUAUGCAGUACUCCAAGUACUCACUCCAAUCAUUAGCGGUGAUACGAAUUUCAAACCAGGGCUGCCAUUCUUUCUGGACAGAGAGUAUUUGUUGUAUUUCUUCUUCAAGUCGUGUUAAGUUAGGUGUGUAGGAGUAUGGAAGCGAAGCGGGUUCUGCAACCUGUGAACUCCAACCAGUCAACAGAGGGCGCUGAGGGGGUCAUGAGGAAGGCAGGCGAUAUGACGGAUGGCGUGGAUGUGGACAGUCUCAAACGGAAAUGGUCACUGGAGGAUUUUGAUAUAGGCAAGCCACUGGGAAAGGGCAAGUUUGGCAAUGUGUAUCUGGCCAGAGAGAAGAAAAGCAAAUACAUUGUGGCACUGAAAGUGUUGUUCAAGUCCCAGUUGCAGAAGGCUCAGGUAGAACAUCAGCUGCGACGUGAGAUCGAGAUUCAGUCACAUCUCAGACACCCUCACAUCCUGCGGCUGUACGGCUACUUCCACGACAAGACCCGGGUCUACCUCAUUCUGGAGUACGCCCCACGGGGGGAACUGUACAAGGAGCUGCAGAGGGCCAAGAGAUUUGAUGAACAGCGAUCAGCCACUUAUAUCGGCCAGCUGGCCAAUGCCCUCAUUUACUGUCACAGCCGUAAAGUUAUCCAUCGUGACAUAAAACCCGAAAAUCUCCUUCUUGGCCUGAGAGGAGACCUGAAGAUUGCUGACUUCGGCUGGUCUGUGCAUGCCCCAUCCUCCAGACGAACUACGCUAUGCGGCACUCUUGACUACCUUCCACCGGAGAUGGUGGAGGGCCGGAUGCAUGACGAGAAGGUAGACUUGUGGAGUCUUGGGGUGCUCUGCUACGAGUUUCUGGUUGGCAAGCCACCUUUUGAGGCUGAAGGACACACAGAGACAUAUCGAAGAAUCACUAAAGUUGAUCUCCAGUUCCCAGAGUACAUGUCUUUAGGAGCCAGGGAUUUGAUAGCAAAGCUGCUCCGACACAACCCAGCCAAUCGGCUGCCCCUGGGAGAAGUGAUAAACCACGCCUGGAUCAAACAAAAUGCAACACUGCCUCAGACAACUUCCUCCUCAUCAUCCUCCUCCUCAUCAUCAUCAUCAACUUGCAGUGGAACCUCCCAGUCCUGAUCCCAUUCCUACCUAGACUGCUGUGUGUAGCACACCCACCCCAGCCUAAUGUAGCACACCCACCCCAGCCUCAUGUAGCACACCCACCCCAGCCUCAUGUAGAUACAGCCACGUCCUGGGACCACACAACUCACCAGGCUGUUCACCUCGAGAUGUGAACCUGAUGGACAGGCUGGGGGCGUGGCCACCUGCCACAAAUCUGUACAUACCCAACUUGAGGUGGAUUACUCGGGACCAUCAUGAUGUGCCAUUCUCAUAAUUGGGGAUCAGCCGAGAUGAAUUACUUAACUAUAUGGAUGAACCGAACUGAACUUUAGCUAGGAAUGUGAUACUGUUCAAUACUUCCUGAAGCUGUCUUAUCGUUAUUUUAUAUAAUUAUUUUUUUCCAAUCAUUUGUUUGUGAUAAUAUGACUGCUAACUGAACUCAACUUGCAUAUCCGAGUAUCUUUCUCGUCAUGUUUCUAAUUAAUGUUUGAACAUUCUGAUAUCCCAAGUAUGUUCUUUCUCCCAGAUGUAUUUAGUGCAGUGCACUGUACUGGAUGAAGUAGAACUUUGUAUGUAUUUUAGCAUCCUACAAUCAUGUCAUGAGGUGCAGUCGGUGCUGCCGCACUCGGGAUACUUCAUGUGCGUCAUCACAUUGCAAUAAGUUUGUAUAUACAUGCAUUACAGAAGUCCCUUUGAAGACGGAAGGGAUUCCUGAGAGCCUUAUAUUGUGAUGUUUAAUGUUUAUCAGACACUGAUCUCCAAUGUCUGCAUGUAGUUUCAAAUAUAUAUGUUUUUCUCUUGUACACAUGUAUUCAUUUGACUCACAACCCAGAACAAACACCCUUGAUCAAGGGAGGUAACUCUUAUUCCCAUUAUCUUAAAACAAUGUAUAUGUGGACCCUCAACGUUGUCACAGGGUAAAUGUGAAGAUGUAUUUGUAUCUGUUCUUUCUAUCUAAAUUCUUAUGCUCUGUCACCAUGCUGUACAAUCUUCUAAUCUUCAACCUUUGACCCUGUGACGCUCGCUGCUUAGCGGCACAACGGGCCAAGACAUUUUACUUCUGUGAAUGGACCUCGUGCCUCAUGUAACCAAAUAAAUGUCAAAAGAAAAUAUAAUUAAAUUUUGGAAAAAUUGAGUUUUGGGAUGACAAAAUAUGCAAAAAAAAUAUGAAUUUGUAAUUAAAUUAUUUCCCUUU